AUGAAAAUCAUUUCAUUUAUUUUAUUCUUUUUCAUUAGUUUUUCAAUUUCAGCAACAAUCAACACAUCAUCACCAUCAAUUGAAGAAUUAUCUUCAUCAGCAUUAUCCAAAAGAGCUACUACAAAUGAUAAAAUUUUAAAAGAAUGUCCAACUUGUGUCACAUAUUUAAAAGAUGGUAAGAAAGCAUGUAGUAAAUAUUUUAAAAAUAAUUUAAAAUUCAUGAAUUGUUUAUGUUCAAAAAAGGGAAAUAAAUUCUGGAAAGAUUAUAAUAAAUGUACAACUUGUCCAGCUUAUAAGAAAUAUAUUAAAGCUAAUGGUGCAAAAUAUUUCACCGGUAAUGAAGUUAAAAAAACAUCUUGUAAAGCAGAUGAUGAUACUAAAAAAUUAAUGGGUGCUGUUUUUGCUGCUUCUAUUGAAGCUGUUACUUCAGGAUCAAAAUGA